AUGUAUCCCCGGGUUAAGAGCCUGGCGCUUUACACCGUGUCCGUCUCGCUGCUCGCCUGGCUGCUCUACGUGAACAAACAGGCGAAGUUGGCAGCGUCGCCCGCGAACCGCAAAGGGGAUGAGGAGAAUCACAGCCCGAAGUCGCCGGUGCUGGACAAUGCUGCACCCAGCAAGUGUUUGCCGAAUUUGACCCUGGCCAACUCUUCCCUCGCCCUCCCGGAGCUCCCGCACUGCCGGAACUUCUCGGUCCUGUUGAAGCCUUCCAGGUGCAGCCAAGAGAUGUUCCUCUUGCUGGCAAUCAAGUCCUCCCCAAUGAACAUCGACCGGCGAGUGGCAAUCAGGAACACUUGGGGGAAGGAGGUCUCCAUCGGGGGCAAACACAUCAAGCUGGUGUUCCUCCUGGGGCGCUCCGAGGCCAAAGUCCAGGUGCAGCCCCUGCACCAGCUGCUGGCUUACGAGAGCCAGGAGUUUGGUGACAUCCUGCAGUGGGAUUUUGUGGACGACUUCUUCAACUUGACCCUGAAGGAGCUGCAUUUCCUCCGCUGGUUCAUGGAGGAUUGUCUGCACACCAGGUUUGUGCUGAAGGGCGAUGACGACGUGUUUGUCAACACUUACAACAUUGUCGAGUUCCUCCAGGGAUUGGACCCUGAACAGGAUCUGUUCGUUGGGGAUGUGAUUGCCAACGCUCGUCCCAUCAGGAACACCCAGGUCAAGUAUUUCAUUCCAGAGUCCAUGUAUGGAGCUCCCUUCUAUCCCCUCUAUGCGGGAGGAGGGGGCUACGUGAUGUCCAGAGAGACGGUGCGUCGCCUCCGGAGCACCGCGGAGGGCACGGAGCUCUUCCCAAUAGAUGAUGUCUUUGUGGGAAUGUGUCUGGCAAAGAUGUCGGUGACCCCGGAGAACCACCCCGGCUUUAAGACUUUUGGGAUCCAGAGACCUUUCAAUGCUUUUGAUCCGUGUUUGUACAAAGAGCUGAUGAUUGUGCACAAACUCAACCCAGCGGAGCUGUGGAUCAUGUGGACACUGGUGAAGGAUGAGAGCAUUAGGUGUGCGGUGUCAGUGACACACAGCUACAGGGGCUGGAAAGGAACCUACUGA